GGUACUCGUACUCCCCGUCGCGUGCAAUGGGCAAGCACAGAUCACGUCCACGAACCGGAACCAGUCAAUCCACACGCACUAGACGAGAUGGCUCAAGACCCAAACGCGUUUGAAACGCUCAAAGACGCACUUGAGCGCCACCGUUCAUCCCACACAAACUCCCCAUCCACUCAAGUCAUUCCCCCUACCAUAGACGUACAUACCUAUCCCCCAAGCACACCUUCAUCCCUGCCUACAUCCCCUACCUCAUGUACACCGUUUAUCCCACGCCGCACACACGCCCUCCCAGGCGAAGUCUUCAUCGACCCCCUAGAAAGCGCUGGUCUCCCCCUCUCUUCAAGGCAACCAAGCGGAGGCUCUGAAAUCCCAGCAGACGGCCAUGUCGAACACCUCACUGCGCGCGAAGCAGCAGGUGUCGUCAGGGCGCACACGAAACGAUGGAAUAUCCUUGGUCAUCGUCACCGCUCAAAAUCACGAUCACGAGUCUCAGUCGUAGAACAAGACUCCGAAAAAGAGAAUCGUGAUACAAACGUCGAAGCCAAAGAGGAGAAACAACAUCCAACUCCGCAACAACCUUCCAAGAAAUCAUGGUGGCAUUUCCACACUCCCCCUUCACCGAAACUAGGCUCUGGCGUGUUGAGUGCGUUGUUGGCGCUCUAUGGCAACGAAAACGACGAGCACGAUCCCUCACAUAGCGAAGACGAAUCAGACCUCUCCAAUCCCGAUCGUCCGUGGGUCUCCCACUCCUCCGAGCCCAAGUCCAAACACAAAAAAUCUCCCUACCAAACUCUAAACCAAACACUCCACUCCGCUUCAAGCAGCACCGCCUCCCUCAUCACCUCCCUCAAACCCAAAGACAAAGGCCCCUCAAGUAUGGCCGCGCUCAUUACGGGUGCGGGGACGUUGAGCGGUGCUGCUGCGCCUAUGCAGUUGGAGUUAGCGCCUGACUUGAAGAUGAAGAAGGGGUACGGGCUUGUUAGGUAUCGGUUCGAAGAUGGCUUGGAGGAUGAGGGGGCUAAGGAAAGGAAUGUGGAAGGAAGCGGAAGACAACGAACAUCAGCACCUCCACGUCUCAGCCUCCGUCUUCCCCAUACACUUGCUCCUCCAACGACCGCGACUACUUCUAGGUCUACUCCUACUUCUACCCCCUCCGAAUCAACUCCACCAACCCUCCCCCUCCCUUCUACCAAGAAACCAAAGUCGAAACGCUGGAAAGGGGUCCUGAAGGAACUCCCACUUCCACACCACUUGCCCACUGGGCAUUUAAAGGGGUUUUCGUUGAGUAUACCCGGGACGCCUUUAAGGCAUCCUUGGAUAGACGAGCAGAAGGAGAGGGAUAGAAAGGAGAGAAAGGAGAAGGAGAAAAAGGAGAAAGCGAGGAGGCGGAAGAGGAAAAGAGCAGAGGUUUAUAUAACCCGACACGUAGCAGCCAUCCUCCAACGGCAAGAAUUCAUCCUCAAAUUAACCCGUGCAAUGAUGAUGUUCGGGGGUCCCUCGCACAGACUCGUCGCGCAGAUCCAAAGCACAGCACGUGUCCUCGAGCUCGAGAUGAGCUGUAUGUACCUCCCUGACGUCAUGUGGAUCAGCUUCGAAGACAAUGCGACGGGGACAAGUAAUGUCAAGUUUAUCAGGCAGGGGAGUGCGUUAGAUGUGGGGAAGCUGGGGGAGGCACAUGGGUUGUAUUGGGAUGUCAUCCACGACACCAUCUCUGUAUCCUCGGCCAGCGCCGCCCUUGACACCCUGAUGCGCAGAAAGCCGACAUAUUCCUUCCCCCAACUCGUAUUCUUAGGUGGGAUGUGCAGCAGCAGCAUCUGCAGCGUGAGCUUCAACGGCAGCUUCAUCGAUUCCCUCAUCUCCUUCCCCCUCGGCUCAGUCCUUGUCGCCAUUCAGCUCCUCAGCGUCCGCAAUGAGUUGUAUGGGAACGUUUUUGAAAUAACGGUUGCUACGCUUCUGAGCUUUGUGAGCGCUGCGCUUGCUAGUACGAGGAGAGUUUGUUAUGAGGCUGUUGCUAGUAGCAGUGUGGUUUUGAUUUUACCUGGCUUCAUAGUCCUAAACGGUUCCCUCGAACUCUCCUCCCGCUCCCUAGUAGCAGGCUCCGUCCGUCUCUGCUAUGCCCUCGUGUACAGCCUCUUCCUCGGCUUCGGGCUCGCCAUCGGAGCUGAGCUCUACCAAACAAUGCUCGGAAAACCUCUGCUGGGAGGCGUAGAUUACAUGUGUGUUGCAAGCCAUGAUCCCAAAGGCGGGUGGUGGCAGCGCACCCCGAGUUUGUGGUGGGCGUUCCUAAGUGUGCCGUGUUACAGUCUGUUUUUGAGUUUGAGGUUUGGGGCUGUUGUUGGGAGGAGGGAGUUGUUCCUCCUAGUCGCCAUCUCGUGCAUCGGAUGGGUGACGAACCACUUUGUGGGCACCAAGUUCCCAAACCAGAGUGAUAUAUCAGCCGCUGUUGGGGCGUUUGCUGUGGGACUGGUGUCGAAUCUUUAUGGGAGGGUUUUCGCGGGGAAUGCAUUUGUCGUUAUGAUCACAGGCAUACUCUUCCAACUCCCGUCAGGCCUGGGAAACGGCGGACUAUUCAGCUUUGUCGUCGAUCAAACCUCAGGGUCGAGUACCUCCUACCUAAGCGGGUUCAACACGGCGCUCCAGUUGAUCAGCACGAGUAUCGGAUUGACUGUGGGUCUUGGAAUCAGUUUGGUACUCGUUCAUCCUGUCCAAAGUAGGAGGAGGGCCGCGGGGGUGUUUAGUUUGUAG